UCCUGAUUUGCUACGAGUUCAAUUCAAAUUCAAUGCAUGGUGGUGAGAUCCAACGAGACAUGGCGAUGGACACGGAUACGUACGGUGGUUGGUUGCCUAGCUAGCUUGGGGCAUAAACCUCGGUGCAGUCCUCGAUUCUCAUUAAUCCAGCGUCGUUGUACGUACUUGUACUACUAUAUAUAUAGCUCCGCGACGAGAGAGACGACGACGAGCGAGCCAGCGCAAAACGUACUUGAACUUGUCUUCCUCGUCCUCGAAAGCACCGGCCGGCGCGGCUUCAAUCAAUCCGUCGUCGUCGUCGUCGUCGUCGUCGUGUGCUCCAAGAACCCCCUGUCCCUUACCGCUGCUAGCUAUAUAUCUAGUCUAGCACCAACUCUUCGGCGGCGAGCGACACCGAUGGGCGAGGCCAACGCGACAGGCGGCGCGCCACCGGCCGCCGCGCCGGCGGUGCGCGUGCUGUCCGUGUCGCGCGUCGCGCCGGCGGAUCGCGCGGCCGCCGCCGACGGCGACGACCCCGCCAUGGUCGUGAAGCUGUCCUUCUUCGACACGCCGUGGGUCGUGCUCCCGCCCAUCCAGCGGGUGUUCCUUUACUCGCUGCCCGGGGGCGGUGACGACGCCGACGGUCACGAGUUCACGGACGCGGUGGCGACCCUCAAGACCUCCCUCGCCGCCACGCUCGCGGUGUACCUGCCGCUGGCCGGAAAACUGGCGUACGACGCGGGCACCGGUGACGUGGUCGUCGACUGCGCCGCCGCGGACGACCUCGGCGUGGCCUUCGUCGAGGCGGAGGCCGACGCCGACGACGAGACCACCUUCGACGUGCGCCAUCUCGCCGACGACGAGGCGCACGACAUCCCGGCGUUCCUGGCGCUGGUGCCGGACCUCCCCACCAAGGUGCUCCCGGCGCCCGUGAUGUCCGUGCAGGCCACGCGGCUCCUCCGCCGCGGCGGCGGCGGCCUCGCGCUGGGGCUCUCCGUGCACCACGCCGUCGCUGACGGCCAGGCCGUGUGGCGGUUCAUGGCCGCCUGGGUGUCCGCCGCCCGCGAAGGGUCGCCGGUCACCAAGUCCCUCCCGGCGCCGCACUUCGGACGGGAGGUCAUCCAUGUCCCCAACGGCGACGAGUCCGCCCGUCACAUGCUCAAGAUGAUCGCGCCCAACCUGCCCGUCGCCAGCACCAUGGCCGACUACGACUUCAGCCAGCGCUUCCGUCUGGCGCGCCGGACGUUCUACCUCGCCGGCGACGACAUCCGGGCGCUGAAGCGCCGCAUCGCCGCGGCCGAGGAGGACGACGACGGCAGUAAUAAUAAUAGCAGAAACAAGAAGCCGGUGUCGACGUUCGUGGCGCUGGCGGCGGUGGGCUGGACGUCGUUCGUGCGGUCCAAGGGCCUGGUCGCCGGCGACGACACGUACCUGGUGUUCCUGGCGGACCUGCGCGCGCGGCUGGACCCGCCGGUGGGGGACGGGUACCUGGGCAACUGCAUCAAGGGCGUCCUAGCGACGGCGGACGCCGGGGACCUGCUGGUCGACGGCGGCGCGCGGGGCCUGCUGGCGGCGUCGCGCGCGAUCCAGGCGGCCGUGGCGGAGAUGGAGGCGGCGCCGCUGGCCGGGACGGAGCGGUGGCUGGAGAAGAUGAUGGGGCUCCCCUUCACGCGCCUCUGCAACGUGGCCGCCAGCCCGAGGUUCCGCGUCUACGAGGCGUCCGACUUCGGGUUCGGCCGCCCCGAGCGCGUGGAGCUCGUGUCCAUGAACCACGACGGCGAGAUGGUGCUCGUCGGCGGGAGGCGCGACGGCGAGGUGCAGAUGUCCGUGUCGCUGGACCCCGCGCGCAUGGACGAGUUCAAGGCGCACGUCUUCGCCUCGUCGGCGUCGGCGCCGCCGCCGGAGGACGAGGUGGAGGGCAAGUGAUGGAUGGAUGGAUCAACAAGGCAGACGCGUGCGUGCGUGCGUGAUGGACAAGAGACGACAUACAGAUCAUGUGAAACAAAUUAAGCAUGCGUGCAGCUAUUGUCCAUCGAAGUAAAGUGUUUUUCACGAACAAAAAUUCUUAAGUGUUUUUCUGUCUAUUUUUGCCGGUUAUCAAUUUCUUCGACAUAAUAUAUUAUAUAUUUAUAUA